AUGGCUUCUAAAAUACCACGCCGUUUAAUGGCUUUGGCUCCAUAUACCCCAGCCCAAAAAACACUUCUCCAAUCUCUCAUUCUAAUCCAAACAUCAUCAAGAUCUACAAGAAUACCCCCUCCUCCAGCUUCAAACGCUCGGACUUAUGCCUCUUCCUCAGGCUUUACAGGAUUCUAUAAAAAACUAGUCAAAAAAUCAUUGGAAUCUUCCAAAUGGGAAUUUAAUGAACUCGAUCCAAAUGCAACUAUAAAUGAAGCUGCUCCUUAUGUGGCAACUGCACGUAAACUCAAGGAAACUUUGGCUGCUUCCCCAAAUUCAAAUACCCUCGACUUUGCUCAAAUCAAAGCCCUUCUUAUCCAACUUCUUACAGAAAUCCCAGCCUUUUCUGGAAUCCCCGAUGAACGACUUAGCUCUCCAUUUAUUAAAAAUCAAAAACUUAUUGAAAACUCAUUCUCAGUUCUUCUUGCUGCUGAUCCUUCUACAAAACUCCCAAUCAACCUCACAUCACAAGACAUUGAGCUCCUCUAUACUCUCAUGGUUAGCAAAACUGGGAAUAUCUUUUCUAGUUUGGGCAAAUCCCCAAUCAUCCCUAACCUUUUCUCUCUUCUUCACAUUACUCGAAAUCAAUUAGAAUCAAACAAAGAUCUCGAUCUUUACCUCUUAUACUUCAAGUUCCUUUCUGCUCAUAAAAAGGAAACUGAAGCUAAAAAAUUCUUAGAUUGGCUUAUCCCCAUUUACCACCCAGAACGCAACCAAGACUUGUUCAACCAGUUCUUGUAUGCCGUCUCGCAACCUUUCAUUCUUAAAUCUUGCAUCCCACAUCUUUUCUCCCUAUCAACUACUACCACCCCUUCCACUGAAGCUAUUUUAUUUGCAUUGCGCCAGCUUUCCCUUCUGGACUCUUCUGUAUCCCUCAAAUUCACUAAACAACUUUUCAAGUCAUACCCAGAGUUGUACUCUAAUGCCCAGGUAGUCAGUCUUGUGCUAAAAACUCUCAACAAAAACAUUCGACAAGCCUCGGAAAUUAAGGCUUUUAUCUCAAAGUUUCUGGCCCACCACAGUAAAGAUGAAAACUCUUUAGCCUCUAUUGACGAAGAAAUAAAAGACCCUGUAGAGCGUCUUGAAUUUCACAAAUCUCUUGCCCUCACCCUCAUCAAAUACAAUGACUCAUCUGUACAAACCCAAAAAUAUCUUGAAACUGAUGUGGGUAUCCCGGAUAUUGAACUUUACAAGACUCUGGCCGCUACAGAAGGUUUAUCAGCAGAAUCUAUUCGCACCAUUUUUAAAGAUGCAACCGCAAAGGGCUUGGAAAUUAAUAACGAUAUUAUGCACAAUGCCCUUGAUAUUCUCAUUAUUCACAAGUUUAACGUUGCAGAAAACUUUGAUGCCCUUCACGAUUUCUUCACCACUGAAUUAAACUUUGAAAGUGACAUUGGUACAUUUGAAAGCCUAAUUCUUGGUUCUCUUAACAACUCUCAAAAACGUCAAGGUACUGAAGCAGCCAUCAUUUUAUUUGAAAAAAGUAUCGAAAACGGUAUACAAUGGAACAUUGGCACUGAAGAUCAACUUGAAACUCUCGACAAGCUCAUUCUUGCACUUUGUCAAACCAUGCCAGACGAUGUGUUUAAGGUUUUCAAAUCUUACCAAAAAGUGCGCAUGUUUGUGUCUUCGGUCGGGUACCAGGCACAAGUUGCUCUCCUUAAACUUUUCCUUUCUUAUAACUAUGUGGGUGACUGCGAGCGGUUUCUCGAAGAUGAACUUGGCAAGGAAACACGCGAUAUUGCAUGGGAUGCCGAACCAGAGCUUUACCAAACGCUUUUGGAGUAUGCCUUAAAAAGUGAUAACUACAAAGACGCUUGGUUGAUUUAUGGCUUGAGUGAAAAAUACUAUGAUGCUCCAUAUGCAUCUUAUGAAGCAGUAUUGCGCCGCUUCUGUGCACUCGAAAGACCAGACGCCGCCUUGCUGAUUUUCAAAAACCUCCGCAACAAGGCUAAAGUCUCAGGCAGCGAGCCUCCCUCUGCUGAAAUGUACCGCUUGCUGUUCCACGAGUUUGGUGCUGUUGGCUAUGAAGACGGUAUUAGAGAACUUUACAUUUUCCUUAAAAUGGAUAUUAGCGUUGAUCCCUCUGUUCCUUUACUCAACUCGGCUCUAAACGCAUUCACAGAGCUUGAGGAUUUUAGUCAAGCCGUUGAACUUUGGUCCCAAAUUCAACAGUUCCCAGGAGGUCCAGACAGUGAGUCAUAUACCACUGUGCUCAAGCUCUGUACCCAUGCAUCUAUCCAAGAUGUCGAGCACAUGUGGGAAACUUUACAAGCUGAUAACCGCAUUACACCGAGCGAGGAAAACUAUCGCCAAUACAUUGUGGCCAAUUGUUACCAUGGGUUCUAUGCGCGUGCUCUUGAAAUCGCCCGCAACAUGCCCAUGCCUCCUGCCAAAGAAACAAUUGCUGGUCUUUACAACUGGACCAUGUUACAGGCUCGUAAAGAUGAUGUCCGUGAAUGGGCCCGUGAAGCAUUCCCACGUAAAUGGGCUGCCCUUGAAACUGAGGACGGAGCUCUUAAGACUUACUUGCUAGAUGAGGAAAAUAAAAAUAACGACAGCGAGGCUAAUCUACGGCGACAGGCCAUUCGCGAUAUGCUUGAGGAAAAGGAGCGCGAGCAGAUUGAACGUGAGGGUCGGAUUGUGCGUGAAGCCCUGGCUGCCCCCAAAGCUGCAUAA